AUGGAGGACUACGAGCGAGAGCUGUACGGCGUCGAGGACGAUUUCGACAACCAGUUCGCGGCCGAGCUCGAGGUGCUUGCCGAGCUGGAAGGGACAGCCGCCCUAUCGCCUUCCAGGGACUCUCGGCCCACUGUGAGCCGGCCCCGCCUGACGUUCGAGGAGGCCAUUGCUGGAGGGGAGACUGCCAUUAACUGCUCUCCAGGAGGACCUCCAAGGAGCAGCAAGGGCAGUGUCAGAAAGAGGCAGCUGGCUUCUGACAUCCAGGGGGACAGAUACCUGCCCCCUACUCCCCAAAUCAAACGGUCCAGGCUGCAGGCUGUCAGGAGACUGAACUUUAGGUCGGAAGAGAUGGAAGAGAUGACGCCUCCUGACUCCCCGACUCUGGACAUCACUCCCCCACCAAGUCCUGAGAUACCUGAUGAGCUGUGGGGCGAGGGGCCCUUAGACGCCGGGGCUGAUGCGGGUCUCACUCAGGCCUCGCUGGCCACCCACAAUCCUGUCUUGCGGCGGCCCCCAGUCUUGGAAGACUAUGUCAAUGUGACCUCCACGGGUGGCGACCGGGCCUUUCUGGUGCUUCGGGCUGACCCAGUGGGCACUGGGGUGCAGAGCCCUUUCCAUGAUACCCGGUGGCGUGGCCGUGGCCAGCUGGACCUGCUGGGCGUGCCUUUUGCCUCCCUGAAGGAGAAGGUCGACAGCGAGCGGCGGCAGCGACUGCUGGAAGAGGCCCAGCAGCUCUCGGACACGCUGUGCAGUCUCAGGUCACAGGAGAUGGAGGAGGAGACUCAGCCCUUAGGGGCGCCUGAGGAGGAGCCAGCCGACAGCCAGGACGCCUCCCAGCAUUGCCUCUGGGUGGAUGAGUUUGCACCCCAGCGCUACACGGAGCUGCUCAGUGAUGACUUCACUAACCGCUGCCUUCUCAAGUGGCUAAAGCUGUGGGACCUAGUGGUGUUUGGCCGAGAGAAGCCUGCCCGGAAGCCUAGGCCCAGUGUGGAACCAGCCCGUGGUGGCAAGGAGACCACAGCUUCCAGCAAGUGGAAAAGCCAUGAACAAGUGCUCGAGGAGAUGCUGGAGGCUGAGCUGGACCCAAGUGGGCGGCCCCGGCAGAAGGUGGCACUGCUGUGUGGGUCCCCAGGGCUGGGCAAGACCACCCUGGCCCACGUGAUUGCGCGGCAUGCUGGGUACUGUGUGGUGGAGAUGAAUGCGAGUGAUGACCGCAGCCCUGAAGCCUUCCGCUCGCGCAUCGAGGCGGCCACGCAGAUGGAGUCCGUCCUGGGCGCUGGUGGGAGACCCAACUGCCUGGUCAUCGACGAGAUCGAUGGGGCCCCCACGGCCGCCAUCAAUGUUCUCCUGAGUGUCUUGGACCGCAAGGGCCCACAACAGGCAGAGCCAGGGGGCCCCUCUGUGCCCACAGGUGGGGGGCGGCGGCGCCGGGCAGAUGGGGGUCUCCUGAUGAGGCCCAUUAUCUGCAUCUGCAACGACCCGUUUGUGCCCUCUCUGCGGCAGCUGAAGCAGCAGGCCCUCCUGCUCCACUUCCCACCCACGCUGCCCUCCAGGCUCACGCAGCGGCUCCAGGAGAUCUCCCUGCGGCGGGGCAUGCGGGCUGACCCUGGGGCGCUGGCAGCCCUCUGCGAGAAAACAGACAAUGACAUCCGCGCCUGCAUCAACGCCCUGCAGUUCCUGCACAGGCGGGGCCAGCGGGAGCUGAGUGUUCAGGCCAUUCAGAGCACACGCAUUGGCCUGAAGGAUCAGCGCAAGGGGCUCUUUUCCGUGUGGCAGGAGGUCUUCCAGCUGCCCCGGGCCCAGAGGCGCCGCAUAGGUCAGGACCCAACCCUGCCCACCCACAUGCUCCUGCUUGGGGACCGGCUCUCGGGCUCGGGACCCCUUGCUGCCGAGGCGCCUCUGACUGCAGCCGCGCAGCGUUUCUACCACAUCUUGCACAUAGCCGCAUCUGCAGGCGAGCACGACAAGGUGGUCCAGGGCCUGUUCGACAACUUCCUGCGGCUGAGGCUGCGGGACUCCAGCCUGGGUGCCGUGUGCACUGCCCUCGACUGGCUGGCCUUCGACGACCUGCUGGGCCGGGCUGCCCUCCACGGCCAGAGCUUCCAGCUGAUGCGCUACCUGCCCUUCCUGCUCCCGGCCUUCCACCUGCUCUUUGCUUCCAGUCACGUGCCACGGAUCGCCUUCCCCAGCAGCCAGCAGGAGGCCCAGAAUCGCAUGAACCAGACACAGAACCUGAUCCAGACGCUGGUGUCGGGCAUCACGCCAGCCACCCGCAGCCGGGCUGCGCCGCAGGCGCUCAUCCUAGACACCCUCUGUCUGCUCCUGGACAUCCUCACGCCCAAGCUGCGCCCAGUGAGCACACAGCUGUACAGUGCCCGAGAGAAGCAGCAGCUGGCCAGCCUGGUGGGCACCAUGCUCGCCUACAGCCUCACCUACCGCCAGGACCGCACCCCUGAUGGGCAGUACGUCUACAGGCUGGAGCCGAACGUGGAGGAGGUUUGCCGCUUUCCCGAGCUGCCCGCCCGUAAGCCCCUCACCUACCAGGCCAAGCAGCUCAUUGCCCGCGAGGUGGAAGUGGAGAAGAUGCGGCGGGUGGAGGCCUCGGCUCGGGCCAGAGACAGCCCCCAGGUGGAUGGGAGUCCCCUGGGGGGCACGGGGGAGAAGGAGGUGCAGCCACCUGCCCCGUGCGACCACAAGCAGCGGCUGGAGUGUAUCCUGAAGAGAGCUGCCCUGGAGGAACAGCCUGAGAGGGACUUCUUCGGUCGUGUGGUUGUCAAGAGAGCAGCAGCCCCAAGUGCAGGGCACGAGGCCUCUGAGACUGACACGGCCGAGCGGCGCGCGGGCACCGCGGUGGGCAGGAGCGACGUGUGGUUCCGCUUCAAGGAGGGCGUCUCCAAUGCCGUGCGGCGCAGCCUGUACAUCAGGGACCUGCUCUAG